AUGACUCCGGAACGAAAAUUCGCCAUUCCGAAGGGCUCAACGGUCCUGGUGACGGGUGCGAACGGCUUCAUCGGGUCUCAUGUUUGCAAUGAACUGCUGCAGCUGGGCUUCAACGUCCGCGGAACUGUUCGUGACGUUUCAAAAUGCGCCUGGCUACCGGUGGCGCUGGAGCGACAGAGACCAAAGGGCGACUUCAUGUUGGUAUCACUGCCGGACAUGGAGAAAGAGGGUGCUUUUGACUCUGCUGUUGAAGGUGUUUCUGCUGUGAUUCAGGUCGCCUCUCCUGUCGCUCUGAGCCCAAAUCCCGAGAGCAUCAUUCCUCGCAGUAUUACUGUGGCCAUGAACGCGCUCAAGGCCGCUAACAAAUCGCCGAGUGUGAAGCGGUUUAUAUUUACCAGCUCUUCCGUCGCCGCAGCCCUGCCUCAGCCAGAUAAGAAGAGAAUUGAGGUAAGCUCCGACAGUUGGAACACUGAGUCGGUCGAGAUAGCAUGGAGAGAGGCACCGUACCACCCCCAGCGAGCGUGGCAUAUUUAUGCCGCAAGUAAGGUCGAAGCCGAGAUGGCAGUGUGGAAGUUUUAUCAUGAGAACAUCCGUCGGCGUUAUGACUUGAUAGUUAACACAGUGCUUCCCGGAACCAACUUUGGAAGAACUCUGGAUGGGGCCAAUCAGGGCCAUUCGUCAACCUCAUCCUUCAUCGAAAGUCUAUGGAAUGGAACGCACGUGGACCGUUUGGCAAGCAUCCCGCCGCAGUAUUUUGUCGACGUAGAAGACAACGCUCGGCUUCACGUGGCUGCUGCCGUGCUCCCCAGCGUGCGUAACGAGAGAAUCUUUGCAUGGGCCGAGCCCUUCAACUUUGACACCGUGCUUGACAUUCUACGCACUCACUUCCCAAAUAAGGAUUUUGUUGACAAUUUUCACCACUACCGCGAGCUUUCUGUUGUUUCGCAGCCCCAAUCGCGGGCGGUUGAGCUGCUGAGGCAACUCGGAAGAGAUGGCUUCGUUCCGUUGAAGCAGAGCGUCCUUCUCAAUGUCGAAGAUUUAUCGUGA